GUUUGUUGUAAACUCGGCGGACAAUACCAGUUAUUCGCAUUUUGCUAUGGAACAGAACGCAGAUCGCGAUCGGCCGGGUCGGACGUGCGGAAAUUCCUUCCACGCGUAUUUCGUGCGCACUCUGUUCGUACUGCGACUGCAGUGCAGCUCAGACAAGAGAGCUAGCUAGCUACUGGGGGUUAUAUUGAGAAUAGUUACCGAAUGGAGGAAGAUAUCGCGUAUUCGGAUGAUUGCUUUCAGGUUUUCUGUUGUUUCUGUUGAGUGAAAUAAAGCAAGAUUUGCUGGCGUUAUUGUUCGUUUUCGGCUGUUUGUUUCCGUCGACUAUUGUGCGAUUUUUGUAAUAUAUCAGUUUUCGAAAGAUUUACAAAUAAGUGGAAGUGAAUAAUAAAGUAAUUAAAGAGCAGGAGUACUGGUGAAGCAUUUGGAUGAACAGUUCGGAAUGAAAUGCGAAACCAAUGUUUAGAGUGCCGUUAUACUCAUCAAGGGAAAGCAAAUAAGCAAUAAAUCUACAAUUAAUAACCGUUGUGACGAGGCGUGAGUGGUAACGCAAAUUCAUGCGGCAUCGAACAAGCACACCGUGUGUCCUGGAAGCAUCUUCAGCAGGAUGGUGGACAAACCGAGAAUGGAGUACAAUGGUGAGGAGAUAGUCAAUCCGUCACCAACUAUCAGUAAAGGAACCGAUUGUGGUAGUCCACCGCAUGUUGUAUAUCUGACGGAAACUUUCUACAUCAGCUCUAAGAAGAACACCGUUUUCGAGGUUCGUCUGACUGAUAAAGGCCUUAGUUUGAAGAAGCAAAGCAAUGGAUCGACUAAAGAGCAGACGAUUCCUCUGAAGGACAUAAUCGGCUGUCGAUGUUUGCGUAGCAAACGGAAAACAAAGGGUAAUUCGGCCUGUGCAUGUACAUCCAUGUCGGGUACCGCUCAACUCAAAGUAGUUGAAGAGAACUCCGGCGAACAGGAUGAGUCCGACGUCAGUGCUUAUCUCUACAUGUACGCUUACAUCCUCAAGCGAAGCCGGAAGGGUGGAUUUCGGGAACGCACAACCAUUACGCUCAGAUUUCGGUCUUUCGACAAAUACGAGGAUAACAACAAGGAAGCCCAGAAAUGGCGAGCUGCGAUCAAAUACUUGACAGCGGGUGAAACUUCCAUAAGGCCUACAUAUCAGCCAAAGGAAACUCGAAAGAUGCUAGUGAUUCUCAACCCGAAAUCCGGCUCGGGGAAGGCACGGGAAACAUUCCAGCAGCGGGUGGCGCCGGUUUUUGCGGAGGCAGAAAUCUCCUAUGAUUUACACAUAACGAAGAAGUCUGACUGGGCGCGGGAGUUUGUCCGGAAUCGUGAUAUCUACCUUUGGCGGGGCAUUGUGGUGGUGGGUGGGGAUGGAAUUUUCUACGAAGCAUUGAAUGGACUGUUCGAACGAGAGGAUUGGCAGACGGCGAUUGAGGAACUGACGAUAGGAAUCAUUCCCUGUGGCUCGGGCAAUGGACUGGCGAGAACGAUUGCAUAUUUGUAUGAUGAACCCUUCGAGACUAAACCGAUCCUGGCAUCAGCUUUAACCGUAGUAAAAGGCAAACAUUCCAUGUUAGAUGUAGUAAGAGUGGAGACACGUUCUCAAAUAGUGUUCUCGUUCCUGUCGGUUGGCUGGGGCCUAAUCUCAGAUAUCGAUAUCGAAAGUGAACGAUUGCGUGCCAUCGGAGGUCAACGAUUCGCGCUUUGGUCCGUCCAUCGGUUGAUUAGCUUACGUACCUACCACGGCAAACUGUCCUACUUGCCGGCGCUAGGUAGUCUUACCACCAGAUCCAAUUCACUACCCGGUGGUGAAAGUGGUGUUGUAGGCGGAGGAGCUGGGCUUCUGAAGCACAGCAUAAGCUACAACACUACCCUGGACUGCCAGGACUGUCGAUCUGACAGUAUUGGAGGGGGAGGUAGAGGAGUAGACGACAGCCAUAAUAACUGUGAUGCAUGCGACACAAACUUCAGUGAUGUGCUCUCGCUUGAGACCGGGAAUAAUCUGGACUCGUUUCGGCCUCGGAUUGAUAGCUGGUACUCAGCGACGUCCCGAAAGAGCACAUACUUCUCCACUGUGGACAGUAUUUACGAAAGUGACAGAGCUUCCAAUGAGGGCACCCAGGUAGGUGCUAACGUGGUUCAAAUGUAUGGACCACCUUCCAGAAUCCCAGCGCUCACGGCUCCUCUAUCCAGUAACUGGAAAACUAUCAGCGGUGAAUUUGUGAUGGUACACGCGGCUUAUCAAACCCAUCUGAGUACGGAUUGCUUUUUCGCGCCCCUUUCCAAAUUGAACGACGGUGUAAUUUGGUUGCUGGUAAUAAAGGCGGGGGUCAGUCGUUCCCAGCUGUUAUCGUUUAUGCUUGGAUUGAGCAGCGGGACACAUAUGCCAACGCGAGAAAAUGAGUUCAUUCAGAUGAUACCGGUUACAGCAUUUCGGAUCGAACCCAGCGGAACCACCGGCCACAUGACUGUGGAUGGAGAGAACGUGGAGUACGGCCCGAUCCAAGCGGAGAUUUUUCCUAGCUUAGCAAAGGUAAUGGUACCCAAAUGAUGCUGAGGCGGAAGAUGUGUGAACGAACAGGCUUUGAGCGCACAUUAUUUUUCGUAGUUAGUUUUUACGAAACGUCUUUACAGUUUGUGUAAAGCUCUAAUGUAGAAAAUUAGUUUGAAUUAGUUGUUAAUUUGUUGAGUUAUGUUAAUACUACAAUAAAGGUCAGGAAAGAAAAUUUUGAUAGAUUUACGAAAUUGUUGUUUUUCUUUUAAUUUACUACCUAAGAAUAAUCCAGUUGAAUAUUGGAAUAAGUAUUGUAUAAACUAUGGGGCUUUAAACUAACCCAAAUCGAAUUGAUCGUAACAUUUGUUAAUCUCUAUCUCAUUGUAGAUUCAAACGCUCACACGUUAACAAAAAUCAUAACAACAAAAACGGUAGAUUUUGUAAGAACUGAACAAACGUUGGAAAAUAAGAUUUUGACUGCAAACCAAUAUUACAUAAAUAUAUUACAUACAUUUGUACACAACAACCAUUGAAAGCAAUUGCAUUAGGAUUAAAGUUAGAUGCGAUUAAUUUUGUACGAUACAAUUGAUAGAAAAAAAAAUCAAUAUUAACCCCUAUAUCAUAUGCAAAACGGAUCAAUUAAAAACUAUUCUACUAAUACAUAGCCAAAUUCACCAACGAUAUAAUUACCUGUCAUCUUCAUGUUUGAUUUGACGCUAUCCAGUACAAAAUGCGUCAAUGUUAUCUAGUCUGUAACACUAUGGUUAAUAUGUUUUCAGAAGGCUCGCCUCGCAAACUCGAGGCGUAUAAAGCAAAUCCCUUGAAAGUGGUUAGCUGAUUUUGAUAUUUUUCGUUGAAUCUUAUUUUAGGAAAUCACCACACGAGGUUUAGAAGGUGCAUCAAUGGUUGUAACAUGGUUAUCCAACUCAUCGUUAAUAAUGCAUAAAGAUAAGAAAUGUUUUAGUGCAAUUUUUGCAUAGUACAUACAUUUUUAGAAUUAAAAUACAUUACGAAUACAAUUCCAUAUUAAAUUCAU